GAUGAUCACCACCCUGGGGACUGAGGCCCGUGCGUGCCACGGCUGCCCUUACCCUAGAAAAGUGGGUUCAGACCGCUCUAGUCAAACCCGUAAUACUCUAUGGAUAAAUGAAGAAUAGAGAAGAAACUGAAAUCGGAAGUCUGGCGCUCACGAGUCUCAUUCCAAAGGAGCCAGGGACGAGCACGCGGCCACUCUCCCACCCGGCUGCCCACGAUCACUCGUCCGCAGGAAUGUCAGCCGCCGGCGUCCGGGGCCUUCGGGCCACCUACCACCGGGUCCUUGAUAAAGUGGAGCUCAUGCUGCCUGAGAAAUUGAGGCCGUUGUACAACCACCCGGCAGGUCCCAGAACAGUAUUUUUCUGGGCUCCAAUUAUGAAAUGGGGGUUGGUGUGUGCUGGAUUGGCUGACAUGGCGAGACCUGCAGAAAAACUCAGCACAGCCCAAUCUGCUGUCUUGAUGGCUACAGGGUUUAUUUGGUCAAGAUACUCACUUGUAAUUAUUCCCAAAAACUGGAGUCUGUUUGCUGUUAAUUUCUUUGUCGGAACAGCAGGAGCCUCUCAGCUCUUUCGUAUUUGGAGAUAUAACCAAGAACUAAAAGCUAAAGCAAACAAAUAAGAGUUCCUGAUCACCGUAACAACCAAGAUGUGGACAUAACCACUGGGACCUAAUUUGAAUUAUUAUUCGGUUGUCAAUGAGGUGAUGGUAACUGUGUUAACGUUUGUAAGGCAUAAAAUCCACUUGUAAUUGGGAGACAGUACUUGAUUCAACAGAGAAAUAAAGCAAACUUUUAAUAAUAUUGUCUCUUUAAAUAUGACUGAAGGAAUUUAUCUGUGGAUAUUAGUAACAUUUUUUUCUAUUUGUCCAUAAUAAAUCAUAUUGCUCAUA